CCUCUUCCUUUUCGCUUCUUGGGUGGGGUUUCUUUUUAUUUAUUUAUUUAUUUUUAUUUUUUUUCCUUUCGCUUUAAACCCCGCUGCGUUUACGGCCGGGCUUCCAGGAAAAAACCCAACGCCCGGCCCCUCGCCGUGGGCGUUUCUCCGGUGGCCUCAACAAUUCCUCGGAACCAUGGCCCAAGGAAACGCGGUGAAAAACCUCCGGGAGGAAGCCACCUGCGCCGUCUGCUUGGAUUUUUUCCGCCGGCCCGUGAUGCUCCUGCCUUGUGGCCACAACUUCUGCCGCUCCUGCGUCGCCCGCUGCGCCCAAAAAAGCCAAGACGGGGCCGGAUCCUGCCCCCUGUGCCGCCUCCCGUUCCCCCCGGGAGGAUUUUGCCCCAACCGGCAGUUGGCCAACGUGGUGGCCGCGGUGCGGGAGCUGGUGGAGGGCGAGGAUUUGUGCCUUGGCGGAGACCUCGAGCGUCGCGUCCCCCCCGCCGAGCCCCUCGAGGAUCGGGAACCCACCCCGUCCUCCUCCAGACCCCAGGAGCACCUCGGACCCCCCCAAAAUAAAAGGCAAGAGGACGAGCGAGCGGCCACGCUGCUGACACCCCCGGGGGGGGCCAGCAGGCGCUGCUGGCACGAGUGGAGGCCGAGAGGCAAAAACUGCUGGCGGUGCUGGGGGGGCUGCGGGGGCUCGUGGGCCAGCAGGAAUCGUGGCUACUGGCCCGCCUGGGCCACCUGCAGCGGGGGCUGGAGGAAGCCAAGGGCUGGCAAGGCGGUGGAAAUCCAUGGGAGCACGGAGCAGAGGCCGCGGCCGCUGGAGCUUGAAGCGGAGCUCGAGGACUUCUCCCAAAAAAACAACGCCCUGGAAGCGGUGGUGGAGAGGCUCAAAGAUGUCCUGGCUUGCUCCCUGGAGGAAGACCUGGGGGGGUACCAGAAAGCGAACGUCACCCUGGACCCGGCCACCGCUCACCCCCAAAUCCUGGUGUCCCCGGACGGCCGCAGCGCCCGGCGGCGCAAAACCCCUCGGGACCCUCCUCCGGGGAGCUCGGAGCGUUUCGAGGCUCUUCGGUGCGUUUUGGGCCGCCAGGGUUUCGCCGCAGGACGGCACCGUUGGGCGGUGGAGGUGUCACCGGGACCCGACUGGGCUUUGGGGGUGGCUCGGGAAUUCGUGCCCCGCAAGGGAUGUUUCGGGUUGAGCCCCGCGCGGGGCGUUUGGGCUGUGGGGCAGUGGUUGGGGCAAUUGAGGGCGCUCACCUGGCCAAGUCCCACCUGCCUGCACCUGGCCCGGGUGCCGAAACGCAUCGAGGUGGCCCUGGAUUACGGGGGAGGGAGGGUGGCUUUUCGGGACGCCGAUAGCGAGGUGGAGAUUUUCGCCUUUCCCCCCGCAGCCUUCGCCGGGGAGAGGCUGAGACCCCUGCUGUGGUUGGGAGAAGGGCCGGCCCUGCUCACUUUCUGCCCCUAAAAAUUCCCCAAAAGCCUCGGGUUUCACCCCAAACGCCUCCCCGCCGCCGCGUCCCGCCACUCGCUCAAUAAACAGCACCUAAAAACCA